AUGGCAUUGGGCCGUGUUUGGAGAGUUUGCAGUGUGUGGCUGUUUUUGACCGGGACCCUGACCCUGGGCAGUGAGAAGUUACAGUUACUGCAAAUUCUGAACACAAAGACUCUGGGCAAACUGGAUGAAAUGACCCAAGAGAAGAUCCAUAUUGUUUGUCAAACACUGCGGCAAACCAACGAGAUCUACGGCAUGAGUUUAGGUUCAGCCACAUGGCCCCUCAAAAAGGUGGAAGGCUUCAGGGUUCUCCUGCAUCGGCAAGUCAGAGUGCUGGAGGAAUGCGUGUGGAAUCCAGCCACAGAGUCUCGGCCAAAGGGAACCAUCAUAAUUGAAAAAUACUUUCGAAAAUUGCGAAGCUUUCUUAAACAUAAGAAGUUUGCCGAAUGUGCCUGGGAAAUUAUCCGUACUGAAACGAGAGCCUGUUUACAGCAGAUCCUCCUCAUCGCAGCAAAAACUAGCAGAAAAUACUGA